AUGUUAAAGAAAGGAGAGAAAGGGCCGGUGACCGUUUUGCUGGGUGCUCAGUGGGGUGAUGAAGGUAAAGGAAAAAUUGUCGAUUAUCUGAUUGCGAAAGAUGAGGUGCAAGUUGUCGCGCGGUGUCAAGGUGGCAACAAUGCGGGUCACACUGUUGUUGCAAAUGGACAAAAAUAUGAUUUUCACAUUUUACCCUCAGGAAUCAUUUCUGAAAAGUGUUUCAACAUAAUUGGGAAUGGCACGGUAGUGAAUUUAGAUUCGUUUUUUGAAGAACUGAGUCACAACAAAAUUACGAGCAUACCCGGAUGGGAGGAGCGAAUACUGAUCAGUGAUCGAGCACAUCUUGUGUGUGGUAUCCAUAUGCUCGUUGAUGGUUACUCGGAGGAUCGGUUGAAUAUUAACAAAAUUGGAACGACGAAAAGGGGUAUUGGACCCACAUAUUCUAGCAAAUGUUUCAGAAAUGGCCUCCGAGUUGGCGAUUUAGUUUACGAUUUUCAUGGAUUUACUUUGAAAUUUCGAGAGCUUGUUAAAUAUUAUCAAAGUCAAUAUCCUGAUUUGAAGAUUGACGUCGAACAUGAGUUGAUAAAAUUCAAAAAACACGCGAAUAAACUAAAUGAAUUGGCACUGGUUGGUGAUACAGUAGUGACAUUGGAUGAGUUACGGAGCAGCGGUAAAACUGUACUUGUUGAAGGUGCAAAUGGUACUAUGCUGGACAUUGACUUUGGGACUUAUCCGUUUGUAACGUCAUCUAAUGCAACAGUUGGAGGUGCCGUUACCGGUUUGGGACUUCCACCAAUGUCGAUCAAGAGAGUGAUAGGCGUUAUGAAAGCAUAUUCUACAAGAGUUGGCUCUGGACCAUUUCCUACGGAACUAAAAGAUGAUGUAGGUGAUAAGCUACAGCGAAUAGGACACGAAGUUGGUGUUACGACGGGUCGUAAGAGACGGUGCGGUUGGAUCGAUUUAGUUCUUUUAAAGAGAGCACAUCUCAUUAAUGGAUUCACAGACAUUGCUUUGACAAAACUGGAUGUUCUCGAUACAUUUAAUGAAAUCAAGGCAGGCGUCGCCUACAGGUUGGAUAAACAACUGUUGAAGUCUCCUCCAUCGCAAGCUUCUGACUGGGAGAAAAUAGAGGUUGAAUACCAUACAUUAAGAGGAUGGAACACACCAAUAUUGGCUGUGCGGAGUUUCAAUGAAUUGCCAGAAAAUUGUCGAAUUUUUAUUGAAUUCAUUGAGCAGUAUGUCGGAGUACCGGUGAAAUGGAUUGGUGUUGGUGAGGAACGAGAUGCAUUGAUUCUUCGUGAAAUCUGA